AUGUCCAUCCUUGAGAAAAUGUCUACGGCUGAUUUGAUGGAGAACCUCAGGGAAGAGCUCACCUGCUUCAUCUGUUUGGACUAUUUCAGCAGCCCAGUGACCACUGAAUGUGGGCACAGCUUCUGUCUCAUGUGUCUUCUCAAGAACUGGGAAGAGCAUAACACCCCUUUGUCUUGUCCGGAGUGCUGGAGGACCUUGGGGGCCCCCCAUUUCCAGGCCAAUGAGCGACUGGGGAGGCUGGCUAGCAUUGGCAGGCAGCUGCGGUCCCAAGUGCUGCAGAGUGAGGACGAGUCGAGCAGCUCUGGGAGAACGCCAGCAGCCACCAGGUCCUUCUCUGAUGAUGAGCAGAGUGUCAUUUCUUUCUCAGCACAAAGUCACGGAAUAAACCGAGUGUACCUUUCCAGUGAGGCCGAGGAGCAGCACAAAGAGAAACUCCAGGAUGUCAUAAAUCUUUUACGGAAAAAAAGGAAGGAAGCUCAGGCUAUCCUGAACCACGAGAAGGAGCGAGUGAUUUUGUGUAAGGAAGAGACCAAGAUGUGCAAGCAGGUGGUUGUGUCUGAGUACAUGAAGAUGCACCAGUUCCUGAAGGAGGAGGAGCAGCUGCAACUGCAGGUCCUGGAGAAGGAGGAGAGAGAGAACAUGAAGAAGCUGAGGGACAAUGAGCUCCAGCUGACUCAGCAAGUCAGGCAUCUCAACAAAAUGAUUGCUCACAUUGAGUCCACAUGCCAGAACUUGACUUUGGAAUCUUUUGAGGAAGUAAGAGGAGCCAUGGAUAGAUGCGAGUCCCUCCUGCUUCAGUGUCCAGAGACCACCGUCACGGAGCUGAGUCAGUGCCGCAUCACUGGGAUGAGGGAGAUGCUAAGAAAAUUCAGCACAGAUGUAACUCUCGAUCCAGCCACAGCCAAUGCCUACCUCGUCUUGUCUGAGGAUCUGAAGAGUGUAAGAUAUGGAGGAACCAGACAGCAGUUACCUGACAACCCUGAAAGAUUCGAUCAGUCUGCAACUGUUUUAGGAGCUCAGUUCUUUACCUGUGGUAGACACUAUUGGGAGGUAGAAGUAGGAAAUAAGACCGAGUGGGAAGUGGGCAUCUGCAAGGACUCUGUGAGCAGAAAGGGGAAUCUCCCAAAGCCCCCUGGGGAGCUCUUUUCUCUUAUAGGUUUAAAAAUUGGAGAUGACUAUAGCCUCUGGGUCUCAUCUCCCUUGAAGGGCCAACAUGUCCGAGAGCCUGUGCAUAAAGUUGGUGUGUUCUUAGACUAUGAAUCUGGACAUAUAGCUUUCUACAAUGUGACAGAUGAGUCCCUCAUCUACAGUUUCCCUUCAACCUCUUUCCAUGAAGCUCUCAGGCCCAUCUUUUCCCCCUGCCUCCCAAAUGAAGGAACGAACAUAGAUCCACUCGUCAUCUGCUCACUGAAGAGCCACAUCUGA